GUAGCACAGAAAAGAGGGGGAGAGCGAGGGAGAGUAAUGUCUCUUGGGAGCAUGCCAGGAACCAGGUUUGGGGUCUGCAACUGGAGCGCCUGUAAAGCUGCGCAAGAAUGUGGAGCCUUCUCAUUUGAUAGUUAAAGAUAGAGGCAGCGCAGGCCAUGUCCUAGACAGCUUCUAAUUUCAUCUUCACUCAACUUCAUCCAUCGGCAUGCCUCUUUUGUUGUUAGAAUGUUUCUUCGUUGGAAGCAGUUUUAGCCUUGUGUGCAACUUUGUCAUAAGUCAAGGCAGGCAACUGGAAGGACUCAGACCAUGGUGUUCUAUGAGAGAAUGAUUGAAGACUGCGGGUGGAGCGGGGACAACAUGGCGGAUAGAAGGCAACUGCUUGUGGAGAUGAGGGCUCAGGAUUUGGACUCCAUACGUCUGUCAACAUACAGGACAGCCUGCAAGCUCAGAUUUGUGCAGAAGAAAUGCAACUUGCAUUUGAUCGACAUCUGGAACAUCAUCGAGGCCUUCCGAGAGAACGGCCUCAAUAUCAUGGACCUCAACGCCGAGCUUCCUGUGGCCCGCCUGGAAGUAGUGCUGUCCACCAUACUGUACCAGCUCAACAAGCGCAUGCCCACCACCCACCAGAUCAACGUGGAUCACUCCAUCAGCGUGCUGCUCAACUUCCUGCUGGCAGCCUAUGACCCGGAUGGAGAUGGCAAGCUGUCUGUCUUUGUUGUGAAGAUGGCACUUGGAACGUUCUGUGGAGGGAAAAUUCUGGAUAAAUUAAGAUAUAUUUUUUCACAGAUAUCUGAUUCGGCUGGAAUCAUGGCGUACUCACAGUUUGACCAGUUUCUGAGGGAGGUUCUCAAGCUGCCCAUGGCUGUCUUUGAGGGGCCGUCGUUUGGAUACACGGAGCAAGCUGCCAAAAGCUGUUUUGCGCAGCAGAAAAAGGUCUCCCUCAACACCUUCCUAGACACAUUGAUGUCAGACCCGCCUCCUCAGUGUCUGGUUUGGUUACCGCUCAUGCACCGGCUGGCCAACGUAGAGAACGUCUUUCACCCGGUCGAAUGCUCCUACUGCCAUACUGAGAGUAUGAUGGGCUUCCGCUACCGCUGCCAGCAAUGUCAUAAUUACCAGCUCUGUCAGGACUGCUUCUGGAGGGGGCAUGCCAGCGGUUCCCAUAGCAACCAGCAUCAAAUGAAGGAGUAUACAUCAUGGAAAUCCCCUGCCAAGAAGCUAUCCCAUGCCCUCAGCAAGUCGCUAAGCUGUGCAUCCAGUAGAGAGCCUCUUCACCCAAUGUUCCCGGAAAUGCCGGAGAAACCUCUCAACCUUUCACAUAUUGUGCCACCAAGACCCAUGAACGUCCCCAGUGAAUACUCCUUUUCCAACUCCAUGCCUACAUCAGGGAACCCGUACUCCACCAAAAAGAGUCAGGAUAUUGCUCAACAUCUGUUGAAAGGUAGAGGGUUACACUGCAACCUGGAUGCGGUCGACAGACUCGCAGAUGAGCACAUUCUCAUUGGGCUGUAUGUGAAGCUACUUCAAAACAACCCCAAAACACGUUUGCUGGAGAGCAACAACCAUCAAGAUGAGGAGCACAGCCUCAUCACCCGCUACGCUGCUCGGCUGGCUGCUGAUGCUGCGCAGCAGCAGCAGAGAGUCCCCACAGACCUGCCGUGCUCUCUGGAUACCAACAAACAGCAAAGGCAGCUCAUCGCUGAGCUGGAGAGUAAAAACAGAGAAAUCCUGCAGGAAAUCCAACGACUGCGCCUCCAGCAUGAGGAGGCCUCACAGCCGCCUCCUGACAGGGGUCAGCAGAACCCCACUCUACUGGCUGAGUUACGACUUCUCAGGCAACGCAAAGAUGAGCUUGAACAAAGAAUGUCGAGUCUGCAGGAGAGUCGCAGGGAACUCAUGGUGCAGCUGGAGCAACUAAUGAUGCUUCUCAAGCUAGCUGAGGAACAGAAACAAGCUACUCAGGGUCCCGGCUCCCCACGCUCCUCCCCCAGCCACACCAUCAGCAGGACCAUCCCCACUCCCAUCCACUCUGACUCGGCCGGCACCACACCAACUCACACACCUCAGGACUCCCUCAUGGGCGUGGGAGGCGACGUUCAGGAGGCCUUUGCUCAGGGUCCCAGGAGAAAUCUGAGAAAUGACCUCCUUGUCGCAGCUGACUCUAUUACCAAUACAAUGUCAUCACUGGUUAAAGAGUUAAAUUCAGAGGGUGGAAGUGAGACGGAGAGCACUGUGGAUUCAGAUUUCGGCCGCGGCGACAUCUUAGCAACAACAACCUCAGAUCUGUUCCUCAGCUAUAAACCCAAGACUGCGGUGGAAGAGGAGGAAGGGGACGAGGAACGCUUCAACAGCGACCAGGAGCAGCAGCUGGAGGAUGAGCUCAAGUUGGAGGAGCUCUUGAAGCACAGGCAGGAGGUGGAUAAAGCCUGUAUGGUGACAUGCAGCAGUGACCAUACUGGUCCGGGACACUGGUGAGCAAUAUCAAAAGCAACAAUAAGUGAAGACACUGGACGUAACAACACUGGCGCUGGCCCAAUCCUAGCCUAGAAUAUACAGUACAUACAGAUGUGUAAAGAUGCUAUAUAUUUUUAACCAACCUCAUAUUUAAAGUGAAACUGUGAGCUGAUGAAAGUAAAGAGAUUAAUAAUGACUCUAUUACUCUAUACCACAGGUGCCAUAUCAACCACAUCCUUCGUUAUUUUGAUUACGAUGCUUUGUAUUUGGGUUGUCCAGCAGAUGUAGAAAUGUAUCGUGUGUGUGUGUGUGUGUGUGUGCGUGUGUGUGUGUGUCAUUUGAUUACUAGCUUAUAUUUUUUAAAUAUAUAAUGCCAGCGAGGUCACUUUCUUACUAUUUUUGUUGUGUGAGUUUUGUAUUGUUUUAUUUGAUACAUUAGUCCUGUUAAUAAUAAUGCACACUGCCUUAGCUGUUUGGAUGACCUCUCUGUGGAAUUCACUCAAGCUGUCAGUGAAGCAUGUAGCCAACAACAAAGCACUCCCAUUCUUAAGCAAUUUCAAAUGCAUCGAUACUGUAAAAUCUAAGAAAAAAAUCACAUUAAUGCGAUAAUUGCUGUUGAAUAAAUUAUGUAAAAAAUAGUACUAUAUUAAUUUUAAAAAUCCACUUUGGUAAGAGCAUUGAACAAAUUGUUUACAAUCAGGUUUAUAAAUUAAUGUUUUAGUUGUUUUAUGUGUCAGGGUCAACACUUUCACACGGCUUAAAUGCAUCAGACGCAUUCUAGUUCAUGUAAUACCAUCAGUGUGUGCAGUAUAUGUAGUUUUUUGACCUUUGAGCUAAGUUCAAAGUGAUUUUUGCAUGGCGGUGGUGCAUAAUAAAAGUGUUGACACAA